AUGAUGGAGCCACAACACCACUACGCAGAUGUACGUUCGCAGGACCAUCACCAUGAUGAUGACUCAUCGACGGAAGUUGAAUCUUUGGUUGGGGGAGAGAAGCAAUGGGCAGCAGGCGAAUACCACAGCAAAGCACCAUUGUCAAGAAGAAGAAUAAUGUGCCCGCCGCUGGUGGCAGCGAUACGAUGGAUACUGGUGAUAGGGUUGCAGCUCGUAAUCAUCGGGCUGCUGGCCAGAGAUCAAGGCAUGCUCGACUCAACACGGUGGAAGGCACGUUCAACAAGCGCCAACGAUGUAGGUGGCGAUAUCACCGGAUGGUCCCCACACAUCCCAACGCAGAUCACCAAGUUCGAGAUAAACCAGACAUUUGCACCCUACAACACAUCAGAGUUCUUCAAGCCCGAAGUACUUCGAGCAUGGAACGAACUCUUGCCUGUCGGCAUGGGCUUUCAGAGCAUUCCUGACCCAGAGAACUACCACGACCUUCCCACUCCCAUCGUCUGGCCCAACGCUACUGUCUUCACGACAUCCAUGACCCACCAGCUCCACUGCCUCUAUGCUGUCGUCGCAGUCUAUUCCGGUAUGACUUCGGGCCAUGAGCUUGAAGAAGACCAUCACUGGCACAUGAUCCACUGCUUUGACUACAUGCGCCAAGCUAUCAUGUGUAGCGCGGAUAUGGCUCUUGAAGGGCUGGAGACGACAUUUCCUGACCACAAUGGUGGCAGUGAUGGUUGGGACAGUAAGCAUGUCUGCAAGGAUCCGAAGAAGGUUAGAGAACGCCUAGAGAGUGUGAGGGCGUAUGACGACCAAGAGAUCUUCUAA